CCUGCCUAAGGAUUAAGGAGCAAAUAGUGCCUAAACUGUGAGCAACAGUUGGCCAUUUGGGGAGCAGGAGUUAGGAGUAUCCUAGCGGGGUGAGGAGAGACAAGACUUUCAUCUACCCAAGUUCUCAGCUAUCCAGAGAGAAAAGCAGUUGACUACCUAGGGAAUCACAGGCAGACUGAUUAAAGGACAGAAUAGGGGAAGGCAACACAACUAAGAAAAAUCUCAUAACCCAAAAGAGACCAAUAGCUACAGGCAGAUUCAGACAGCCGAGAGAAUAAGCCAGGGUUGAAAAAAAAAGGCCAAGGAGGGGUGGGCACGACCACAGAAGGGAUGAACUUCACAGUGGGUUUCAAGCCGCUGCUGGGAGAUGCACACAGCAUGGAUAACCUGGAGAAGCAACUCAUCUGCCCUAUCUGCCUGGAGAUGUUCUCCAAGCCAGUGGUGAUCCUGCCCUGCCAACACAACCUAUGCCGAAAGUGUGCCAAUGACGUCUUCCAGGCCUCAAAUCCUCUGUGGCAAUCCCGGGGUUCCACCACAGUGUCCUCAGGGGGACGGUUCCGCUGCCCAUCCUGUAGGCAUGAGGUGGUUCUUGACAGACAUGGUGUCUAUGGACUGCAGCGCAACCUGCUGGUGGAAAACAUCAUUGACAUUUACAAACAAGAAUCUUCAAGGCCCUUGCAUUCUAAGGCAGAGCAGCAUCUAAUGUGUGAGGAGCAUGAGGAAGAGAAGAUUAACAUCUAUUGCCUGAGCUGUGAAGUGCCCACCUGCUCCCUCUGCAAGGUGUUUGGAGCUCAUAAGGAUUGUGAAGUGGCACCACUGCCCAACAUCUACAAACGACAGAAGAGUGAACUGAGUGAUGGCAUUGCCAUGCUGGUGGCUGGAAACGACCGAGUCCAGGCAGUCAUUACUCAGAUGGAAGAGGUGUGCCAGACUAUUGAAGAUAACAGCCGCAGGCAGAAGCAACUCUUGGGACAGAGAUUUGAGACAUUAUGUGCAGUGCUGGAGGAGAGGAAGGCUGAGCUGCUUCAAGCCCUGGCUCGGGAGCAGGAAGAGAAGCUUCAGCGGGUUCGAGGACUCAUUCGUCAAUACGGAGACCACUUGGAGUCCUCGUCCAAACUUGUGGAGUCUGCCAUUCAGUCUAUGGAGGAGCCACAGAUGGCUCUCUACCUACAGCAGGCCAAGGAGCUGAUUAAAAAGGUUGGGGACAUGGCAAAGGUGGAGUUGGCUGGGCGGCCAGAGCCAGGAUAUGAAAGCAUGGAACAGUUCUCAGUGAAUGUGGAGCACGUGGCUGAGAUGCUUCGGACAAUUGACUUCCAGACUGGGGGUUCUGGGGAGGAAGAAGAAGAUGAGUUGGUGCUGGAAGGGGAAGAUGGCAGUGCUGCUGGGGCUGAGGAAGAGAGACUGGAGGCUUAAGAGGGCCUGCACCGACGCUCUUCCAGCAGGAAGAGAAUAACUUCAGAAGACACCGAGAGAGAACGAGUCUUCCCUGCCCUGCGGCUCAAUAAAGGAUGUGAUUGCC